UUAGUAUUCUGCUAAACUUGGGCAUUCCCUUGCCUUCGUUGUACUCGUCCCGCCGUCCUCCACUUACGCAAGAAUGCUGAGUUCUGCUCCUCUCUUUUAGGAGGUUACUUGGUUCUCUCUUGUCUUCCGCUCUCUAUUUCGUUCCCGAACAACCGCAAUACACUUGAUAUGUAUUCUGUGGCGCGCGGAGCACGGCCAUCGGAUGGCUCGACGUCUACCACCCAGGAUGAACGCAACUCACAAUCCCAGACUCGAGCGACGGAGUCGGCAGAAACUACAGAGACGGUGGUUUUCAACAAGUCCGAAUUAUCGCCCAGCAAGACCCCACUCGUCGAUCCAUCCGAUUACGAACCUCGAAAAUGUUGGAUCUGCUACACGGAUGAGACGGAGGAUUCACCACUGAAUGCAGAAUGGCGCUCGCCGUGUCCCUGUGCCUUGACGGCUCAUGAGUCCUGCCUCCUCGACUGGUUGGCCGAUAUGGAGAACCCGCGAUCUCGUCGGCGCAACGAUGGCGGAGCGAAGAUGAUGUGCCCGCAGUGUAAGACGGAGAUUGUGGUUUCGCGUCCGCGAAGUUAUAUUGUGGAUGUUAUGCGGCUGGUGGAACGAAUUGCGGGUCGAAUGGUUCUCCCCGGUAUGGUGUUUACAAUGGCAGGUACCGUCUGGGCUGGAUGUUGUGCACAUGGGGUGUAUUCGAUGUACUUUGUGUUUGGGCCGGAGGACGCACGACAGGUCCUUGAGGAAACCGCAGAGGCGGGGUGGAAUCCGGGAUUAGGUCUCGGGCUACCCCUCAUACCGUUGGCGUUGAUCUUUUCACGAACCCGCUAUGCUGAGGGGCUUCUUCCCGCUAUUCCUGUCCUCUUCUUCGCCAGCCAGCACCCCGGACAUGAAUCCACUCUUGAGUUCUGGCCGCCCACUGCGGCUAUGACAUUCGCGGCGUUGCCAUACGUGAACAGUUUUUACAGUGCGCUGUAUGAGAAACUUUUUGGCCGGCUUGAACGAAAGUGGAUUUCCGAGGUGCAACCGCGUACCGCAGAUAACGUCAACGAAUUCGACGACAAUGCGCCACCACAAGAGCAAGCGGAGGCGGAUCAGAGGGCACGCGAUGCCAGGGAUGGUCAUGUAGUGAUCAAUCUCGAGUUGCAAAUGGGCAUGGGUGGCGAUGAACCGGCAGCACCGGAGGAAAAUCAACAGCAAAACGAGGGAGGUGACCAUGAUGGCCAACUGCUUGGCCGACGGCAAGGUGAUAUUAUUAAUGAGACCAGCAACAUCGCCGAUGUGGUCCUCGGAGCACUUGUAUUCCCGGCAAUAUCUGCAUCCAUGGGUGGGCUUCUUAAGUAUGUUCUGCCGAAAUCGUGGACUACGACUCCAUACUCGCUUUUCGAACGUGGCAGGCCGGGGCUGCUGCAGACCCGUUGGGGAAGAAGUGUGGUUGGUGGAUGUGCGUUUGUCCUGUUGAAGGAUGUGUUGCUUCUUUAUUGUCGAUGGAAAUUGUCCCAGACUCAUCGCAAGCGCAGGGUGGUGAAUUACGAUAAAAGCAAGGGCAGGCGAUAGGUGUGGCUGGAGUGGGUUUGAUGGGUGGUGUUUUCUAUUCUUUCAUCUUUUUCUUUUGUCUGUUUCUUUCUCCCUCUCUCCCUCUACUUUUCUUUUCUCUCUUUUCAUGAUGAUGGACGCAAUGAUGCAUUUAUAAGGCGUUUCAUUUUCCGGUGAUAUUUGUUUGGGGGACGAUGUGAU